AUGGCUGCCCUUGUCCAGGGCUCUUAUCUCCUCACCAAAUCCUUCGCGAUCUCGAAGCUCGCCCUGCGCGGCGGCGAGAGGCUACGUCUGGGCACGCCGUGUCGCGGGUCGGGCAAGCUCCGCAACUACACCGCUGCAGCGGGGGCAUCUGAGCUUCCGACUCACUUUGCUCUGCCGUCUGGGGACAAGAUCCCCUCUGUCGCGCUCGGUGUGUGGCAGGCCCCGCCGAACCAGGUCGGGGACGCUGUUACGGCCGCCCUGAAGGCCGGGUACAGGCACAUUGACGGCGCGUGGGCGUAUCGUAACGAGGACGAAGUUGGCAAGGCGCUGAAGGCGAGCGGCGUGCCGCGGGACCAGGUCUGGUUGACGUCUAAGCUCUGGAACUCCUUCCACGCACCCGAAGACGUCGAGCCAGCCCUCGAUGAGUCGCUCAAGGCGCUCGGCGUAGACUACCUCGACUUGUACCUCAUUCACUGGCCAAUUGCUUUGAAGAAGGGAACGAACAACGAAGUGGACGAAGCCCUGACGGCGAACCCGUACCCGACAUGGCAGAAGCUGGAGGAGUUAGUCGAUAAGGGCAAAGUCCGAAAUAUCGGUGUCAGCAACUUCAACAUUCCGAGGCUGCGCAACCUGACGGCGAACCCCCUGAAGUACAAGCCAGCCAUUAAUCAAGUCGAAUUAAGCUACUGGAACCCGCAGCCUGAUCUGGUCAAGUGGGCGAAAGAAAAUGGACUGCUCCUUGAGGCAUACUCCCCGCUCGGCAGCAGCGACCUGGUCAGGGAGACGUUCAAUGUCCCAGAAGUGAAGGAAAUCUCGAGGGCGCUGAGCAUAACUCCUGCUCAAGCCAUCAUCUCGUGGCAUGUCCAGCGCGGGACUGUCGUUCUCCCAAAGAGCGUGACGCCAUCCCGCGUCGAGGAGAACUUCCAUGUUCGCAAGCUUCCAGACGAGCUCUUCAACAAGCUAGAGAAGGCUGCUCAGGCACACGAGCCGCGGCGGGUUGUCAACCCGUCGAAGCGCUACAACCUGGGCUACGACAUUUUCGACGACGAUGGCGGCGUCAUUGUGCCGGACGAGGACGAUGCCGGAGAGCGUUCCGGCGCAGGAAGUUGGCGGACGGGCGUGUAG